AUGACAGACUUUUUACGACUCCUCAAACAUUCUAUAUCAGCAAAGGAACUCACAAAGGAAACCUUCUACAUUGUGCUUGACAAAGCAGAGCAACUUCGAGAUAUUGAGGCAAACCUUCUUCCUGCCUUUUUAAGACUCCAGGAACUGACUCAGCUAAACAUUUGUGUUAUUUUGCUCAGUCAAAUUGUUUGGGAAAAGUUCCAAGUUGGUACAGGGUUUUAUGAGCCCUUUGUCAUUCACUUUCCUGACUAUACAAAGGCUGAAUUGCUGCAGAUCAUGGCAAGAGACAGUCCAUCUUCAUAUCCUGUGGAAUUUUUCAAAGCAUACUGUCAGCUUCUCAUGAGUGUAUUUUAUUCUGUGUGUAGGGAUUUGAAUGAGCUUAGACAUCUGGUAAGUGGAGGAUUCUUCCUAGGAGAGAAGUAUUGUGUAUCAUUGAAUAGCAAUCUGGAUAUCAAACUUCCUCUUUCUGUUAAGUUUUGAAGGAUAUGUUACAGUCACCAUAAUUUUUUUGUUGAAUAAGGUAGCUCUGCACAUAGUGUGGAUUUAAUGUUUUUUAAAACCUUGCAGUGAGAAGAAUCUUUAUAUAGCUGCAGAUUACUUGUCAGCUUUAUUAGAAUCUUUUUAUUUUUCUUUAUUCUCAUCACUCAUCUGGCUGACAUUGUAAUGAUAUUCUAAGGAGAAAUUCUGUCUUGGUCAUUCAUGGGAGUUAAAGGGUUGAAGUGGUUGCUUUUGAGAGGUGGGAUGGUCACUUACAAGAGGUUCCAUUUGUUGUGCUUUGACUUGGAAACUUUUGGUAUAACCUCUCGCUAAUGAAAGGUGGUUGCAAAAGGAGGCUGGACUACACUAGGUUUACCAUCAUUAGAAAUCAUCAUCAUGUGGCUAAAUAAUUAAUUUAAAAGGAAAUGGUUGUUAAUUUAUUUGUUUUAUUACUUUAAUUUGCUUUUUUUCUUAAACAGUUAAGAAUUUAUUUCUCUGCCUGCAGGCUCUUCUUCAUUUUCCAAAAUAUUGUGAACCAAUCACAUCUGGUGAAGCUCAGUUGACAGACAGUCGUAAGCUGUGGCGCAACAUUGAGCCUCAUCUUAAGAGGGCUCUGCACACAGUCUACCUUAGGGAGGUGUCCAGUACUCAGUGGGAGAAUAUCCUUGGACAGGAAACACAGACAGGCAAUGAAAACCUUGGAGCCUUGGGUAGGAAAUGGUCUUCAUUAAUUUUGUAUUUUUCAAUCAUAUAUCAUUAAUUUAAAUUGAAAAAGUAUAGACAGCUCUGCAUUAAGCUGGUAUGGCUUAUCCCAGUUUUAAAUAGAUUUAGAAUUAACCCUUGACACCCUAACAUCAGUACCCAUAUUUUCCACACUGUUCUCUAUACAUUUCCUUUGGUACUGGCAAGGAGAGUUUGUUAAACAAUCAAAGCCUCUUAGAGUGUUGAUCAUUUCCUUUAUUCUCAUGAUCUUAAUUGAUGAUUCAGUGGUAUUACUGAAUGGAGAAAAUAGAUGCUGAUCACUCUAAGGGUUUAAAGGGUUCAAGCAACCAGGAUCGUUGCAUCUUCUCCUGAAAAGGGUGCUUGUCCAUCUUCCCCACCCUUGUCUGACAGACACCCACCUUGGCUUGUAGAAAAUGGAAGUCAAAAUAGGGACUGUUUGAAUAUUUUUUCUUGCACUAAACUUGAUGCAUUAUUGAACAUAAUCCUGAAAGAGUGAGAUUACAUAUAUGUGCAUCGUGCACAUUUUAAGUUCUUCACCUCAGCAGUGGACUCGUUUUCCACCUUCCCAAGUCCGGUCUUGUUCCUUGGGUAAGGAGGGUGGGCUUGCUUUCUGAACAGUUGCUGGUUAUUUAACUCCAGAAUGAAAAUAACCAGAGAAACAAUUCUGACAUAAAUUAAGUUAAAGUAUUGAACAGUGAUGUUUAGCAUGUCAUGGAGGAUGUCAAAAAUGGAAUUCAAAAGAAAAAAACAGUUGAGGGAUAGUUGAUUGUGGGUUGUAGAGUUGGGGUUUAAAUGCACUUUUAAAUAUCAGUAGAUUUAUGUGCAAUAUUUCUAUAUCAUGCAGCUAAAUUCCUAACAAGUGCAGAGGUCUUAUCCGAGAUAUGCGAUCUUUGCAGGUAUAUCAGUUCGUUCUCACAUGGAACUGCCUUUCUAUGCCAAGUAUCUGUUGCUCUCAGCAUAUCUGGCGUCGUAUAACCCAGCUCACACAGACAGGAGGUUCUUUACCAAACAGGGAAGAAGAGGAUUAAGUAACAGAGCAAAAGCUGCAGCUAAAAAAAAGAAAUCCAACACGCAGCUGACAGGUUAGAACUUUUCUAGUCUGAAGAGUGUGGUUGAUAGAGGUUUGCAACGGAGGCGUUUUUUUUGCGUCUAGUCCGUACACCCCCGCGAUAAGCCCCGAUUAGGCGAAAAACGCUACAACGCCCCUUUCUGAAUGAUCCAACAUUCGCUUGCAAAGCAAGAUGUUCGAUGAAAAUGUUUGAUAAAAAAUGGAAAGCCAAUCAAAUGAAGGUGUGAGACAGGUGAGUAAAACGGUCAAAUGCUCAUCUGUCAAGACGUUGGAUGAAAAUGUUUAUCGUUUGAUUAGGGUCUUACUCGAAAACUUUCUGUUGUAUUAAUCUUGAAAGUAGAGGAAGUGCCGUUGUAGCGUUAACAUUUCUUAACAAUUUGAAGUGCUACGCUGUAAGAUUCUUCAAGUCGUUGACGGCUUUCCAAAUGUCUUUCUAUAUUCCGCAAACUAGACACCAACCGAUAGCGACCCAGUGCGACCGAAGACUAACAGUACGAUCCUCAAUGCUUACUUCCGAACAAACAAAAUUGGGAAUCCGGAAUGAAAUUGUCAACAUUCAGACGAUCAAGGGUAUUUUUUAAUUCCGUGUUGGAAAAGACGCGCGAUCCAAUAAAAUUUCAGUCGCAGGCUUAUCUACUUAUGAUCAAUUACUUAUAUCUCACCCCCCCUCCCCCCUCCUUUCCUUUAAACCUACCUACUGAUUGAGAAUUGUAUAUAACCGUCAUUAAUCUUUUUUGUCCCGUUAGGUCCAAAGAAUUUCCAAAUUGACAGACUAAUGGCCAUAUUUUACAGUAUCGUGGAGGAUAAAGUCGCUCCAACUGCUAACAUCCUUUGCCAGAUAUCAUCCCUUGUUUCACUGAAUCUCUUGGCACAAAUCACAGCAGAUGAUCAGAUAGAUUGUCCUAAAUACAAAUGCCUUGUGAGCUUCAACACCAUCUCAGAGAUAGCGAGACAACUGGAGUUUGAUAUUGUGCAGUAUUUGUACGACUUUGUUUGACAGACACCACGUUGGCGGGCUUUCGUCAUGAUAAAGGCAACCAUUUUGUUUAUGUGCGCGUUGCCGUCGCAUGAAAAUCGAGCGCCGUAAGAACGUGCAAUUCAAUGAAUUCCAUGGUAUUACUCUGGAC